GUGCUCCCUGAUGGGGUUUGAUUUAAACCGGCACUGGGCAAAUCCAUCUCCUUGGGCUCAUCCCACACUGCAUGGAGUGAAACAGCUCAUCAUUGAGAUGUACAGCGAUCCGAAGAUUAACCUGGAGUUCUAUAUUGACAUCCAUGCCCACUCCACCAUGAUGAAUGGCUUCAUGUAUGGGAACAUCUUUGAAGAUGAGGAAAGAUUUCAGCGACAGGCUGUUUUUCCCAAGCUACUCUGUCAGAAUGCCGAAGACUUCUCUUACUCCAGUACGUCGUUCAACAGAGAUGCUGUGAAAGCAGGGACAGGCCGGCGUUUUCUUGGUGGGCUGUUAAAUGACACAUCUUACUGCUACACUCUGGAAGUCUCAUUCUACAGCUACAUAUUGGGUGGACCUACUUCUGCUGUCCCCUACACAGAAGAAGCAU